AUGAAAGAUUUGGGUAUAGCAAAUAAAAUUCUUGGUAUGAAAACUUUGAGGGGUAGAAGGGCUAAUAGAUUGUAUUUGAGUCAGAGUGGUACAUUGAGAAGUUGCUUCAAUGUUGAAUUGCUUAUAUAUACUAUGAUUUGUACGAGGCCAAAUUUGGUACAUGCAUUUAGUGCAGUUAGUAGGUACAAUCUUAUACAGGGGAUCUUGAUAAGAAAAGAUCACUUACAGGGUAUGUUUACCUUUGGAGAUCAUACUAUUAGCUGGAAAGUUACUUUGCAAAAUACAAUAGUUUUGUCUACAAUAGAGACAGAGUACAUAACCAUUAUAGAUGCAUGUAAGGAGGCUAUGUGGUUGAUGGGAUUGAUUGGUGAAAUCAUUAAAGACUUGCAAAUUUUUACAACUAAGCACAUUGAUGUGAAGUAUCGUUUUUUGCAUAAUAUGACUGUUCAUGGUGAUAUUACAGUGAAUAAAGUUGAUACCAAGGAUAAUCAUAAUUUGAUUAAAGGUGAAGAUUUGUUGUAG